UGAAAAUGAGAAGUAAAACCGGUUGUAACCAGUUGCCAAAAUCUUGAUUUUCGCGCCCAUUUAGUAAAGUGAAGAAACAUUUUCAGCUUAGUUUCAGCUAAAAAAACUCCUUCAUUGUUUCAUUGUUUGAUUGUUUGAAGGUUCCAAACAGGCCAUAAAUCAAUUUUCAGUUCUCUUUUAUUGUUUGAAGAUCAUCACCAAGAGGGUAUCGCCACCGGAGAAGCUCGCGAAGAAGAUGUUGCCUUGUCCUAUGUAGAAUUCUGGGAAUCGUUUCUUACUUGUACAAAAGAAGGAAACCACAUUGAGAGAAUUGAAUCAUCAUUGAAAGGAAAAUCUUGUCCAAAUAAUGGAGGAGAGAGUUAUAAAUGCUGGGGUUUCCGCCAUGAAAGAAGAUUACGAGCUCGCGAAGAAGAUUUCACCUCUGUGACAAACCUCCUCGCCGACCCAAGAAGCGACCAAGGAACGUUAAACCAUAAGAUGUCAUCGGGAAAGCGCAAUGUCGAUGAAGAUGACAAGUCAGUUGCUAAGCGCACAAAGGCCUCCGACAAAGGGAAAAAAGUAGUUACCAAUGAGGAACAAAGUAUAAACAACUCACUUGAACGUGCACUGCAACGUCUACUAGAAAAAAAAGCAUCAAUAAUUGCAGGGAAGAUCACUGCAAAAGAAAAGAUUAAUGAGCCAAUAGUAGAGAGUGACAAUGACGAAGAUCGUUGUAGGGUCCAAUGUAGAUGCAGUCCAGAACGAUUAAGAGAAAUUGUGAUCGGUUUGAACGAAGCACAAAAGAAAGUUAUUUCAGAUAUAGGCUUCGGGUCCCUCCUUAAUCCUGAAAUUCCGUCAGUGCGUAGUUCUCUCAUAUGGUACUUGUACAACCAUAUGGAUCUUGAAAAAUUUGAACUAGUCCAACAUGGGGUAAUUUAUCCUUUCACUAUUCAAUCGUUUAAGGAAAUUAUGAAAAUCGAAGAUGGUGGUGAGGACAUCAACUUUGAAGAUUAUGUUGACACUGACAACAAAGUUCGAAAUGAAGUGUGCAACCUCGAAAAAUCCAUUAAGUGCACAGACUUGGUGGAGCUUAUAACCAACUCUGAAGAAGCUGAUGUUUUGUUCGUUGCACGUUUUAUGUUGGUAGCAUUGGGAUCCUUCUUGGUUCCGACAUCUGGAACGUACGUAAGAAAGGAGUACAUAAAUGCACUCUUAGAUGUUGGGCGAAUAAAGAAGUUGAACUGGGCUUCGUUCAUCUUUAAGUUCUUACACGAGAAUCUGAAAGCACAUCAAAAACGACUCAAUAAUUCGAAAGAUAAGGGCAAGGUUCAUUAUCUCCCGGGUUGUACUAUUUACCUUCAAAUAUAUUAUUGGAGCCAUAUAAAAAGGAAGUUGUACACUUCUCCUCGCCUCGGCCUUCCCAUGGCUUACUGGAAUGAGGACCGAGUGAAAGGAAUAUCCUCGUUCAUCUCCAAGAGUGGGGGAUUUGUGAAUGGGAAGAUUAUUCUACACCCGCCUAUGUUCAGGAAGACAUAUGGCCAUACAGAAGACACUUCCAUUCCAUUAUCCAACCAGGGAGGAACCUCAUCCUCUACAUGCUGCAACUGCAUCUUAAGAGAUGAAAUGAAGGAGAGGGAUAAAAAGUUAGACACUACUUGUCAAGAACUACUAAGAUUAUUUGACUCUUUCAAAGCCGACAUCUCUAAGGACAUCGGAAAGGGCUUCUUCACUAUGAAGCAAUGUAUCAUUGACGAGGUUAAGGAAUCUUUUAUUCCAGAGCUUCGUGAAGCUAUAUUACCUGAGGUGAGAAAAUCUGUGACAGCCGAGUUGCAUCAAACAGUGAUGAAAGAGUUGAGGCAGUCCGUGUUAAUGGAGUUGAGGCAAUCUCUACUGAAAGAACUGAUGGAAGUUAUUGAUAAGGACGGGGAGAGAAAUGAUGAGGAGGCCGACAAAGAAAUGAUGGAAGUUAGUGAUAAGGACGGGGAGAGAGAUGAUGAGGAGGCCGACAAAGAAACUAGCUCGAUGAGCACUUCAAAUGAGGAUCAGUUUGAAAAUGAAAACACGAGAAAUUUGGAGUUUGACAACCCGCCUACCAACAAUCAAUAUGAGGUUGGCCCUGUGGAUUUGACAAUGGUAGAAGACAUCGGUCAUGAAGGUGAAUGCACCUCGGCCAUCAAAGUUCUCCUUGCUUCAAACGCGUAUCAAAAGACCGAAAAAAGAUUCCACUCAAGCAAGGAAUUGUAUGUGGACACUUUCCACUUGAAGGAGCCAGCAAGCGAGAUUGAAUUUAAGCUGGCAAUGUUCGUUUUCGGAAAAAAUUUUGAUAAAGGGUACCCUUUUGUGAAAUUUCAAAAACUUGAACUUUUUCGGCAACAACUACUGUGCUUGAAGCCUGGAAUGGAAAUAACUGAUUCAGUUAUUAGUUGCUACGCACACUUAUUGACGCUGAAAGAACGUGAAGCAGCCCCAGAUGGAGUACCGAAAUAUUGGUUUAUGCCUUGUCGGGUCUCUCAUGAAAAUCUUGGGUUGUCAUGCUCUGUUAGCACUUGGGCAAGACAACAAAAUUGGAGGGAUCUAUUUUACGGCAAGUUGGCAAAAACUGAACAUAUGUGUGUCCCGGUCAUAUGCAAAACUAAAACUCCCCACUGGUUCAUGUGUGACAUAGACAUGUUGGCGAGUAAGGCAUUCAUUUGGGACAGCCUGAAAACACCACGCGGGAAGGAUCUGAAAGAUUUCCGUGUACGAGCUGCUUCUGAAAUGUUAAGAACACUUGAUGAUCUUCUCCAAGUGGAUAUGGCUCUGGAAUUAGGAGAGAAAUUUAACUUUGCAUCACUUCCCCUAGAUUACGCAAGACGAGUGCCGCAGCAAGAUAAUGGGGUAGAUUGUGGAGUAUAUGUAAUGAAAUUCAUGGAACAUUUCUUCAAUAGAGGCAAUGUUGCUGAAAUUGAUGUUGAGCAUGUAACCAGUCAAGACAGGUUUAAUAUCAUGAUGAAUCUAAUUCAGCAUCCAAAAAAUGAGUGUAGGGCUACUGUUUUGGCAGAUGUUGCUGAGAUGUAUUCAGUUAACAAUGUCUUAGAUGUUCCCCCAUCUACUCCUGUACAUACUGACAAGGAAUUGGUUAUCAAGUCUCCUGAGAAAUCCCCUGUUGAUCCAAGGUUUAAAAGUAAGAAGUCGCGAGCGAAAAACAUGGUGCCUUCGUCGUCAACUAAGUCCAGGAAGAGAAUGUCCAGCGGCAGUAAUCUGACUAUGAGAGACUUGGUUGGAGACAAUGAGUAGCAUUUGAGUACUUUUUAAUUGGAAGAAUACUUGAGUAUUUUGUCUGUAGAUGUUUAUUAUGGAACUAUUUGCAUUAGAUGUUUAUGCCUUGAUAUGCCUUUUUGAAUAUGCAUUGUUAAGCAAUUAUAUAAUUUGUAUAUGUAACUACCUUGUGGGUCUUGUAUAUGCAAGACAUUAACCAAAUGUAACCAAAUAUUGUGUUACAAUAUAUGAUAUGCAUGUUUAGUUAUGAUCUUAGAUAUUAUCUUUAUGAGUUAGAAAUAAUUUUUCUUAUUGAAAUAAAUAUUUAUUGUGUGAUUCUUACCUCAACUUAAGAUGUUUAUUAUGGAACUAUUUGCAUUAGAUGUUUAUGCCUUGAUAUGCCUUUUAGAAUAUGCAUUGUUAAGCAAUUAUAUAAUUUGUAUAUGUAACUACCUUGUGGGUCUUGUAUAUGCAAGACAUUAACCAAAUGUAACCAAAUAUUGUGUUACAAUAUAUGAUAUGCAUGUUUAGUUAUGAUCUUAGAUAUUAUCUUUAUGAGUUAGAAAUAAUUUCUCUUAUUGAAAUAAAUAUUUAUUGUGUGAUUCUUACCUCAACUUAAGAUGUUUAUUAUGGAACUAUUUGCAUUAGAUGUUUAUGCCUUGAUAUGCCUUUUAGAAUAUGCAUUGUUAAGCAAUUAUAUAAUUUGUAUAUGUAACUACCUUGUGAGUCUUGUAUAUGCAAGACUU